GACGUCACGAUUCGCGGGAGCGAGUGCUUGGUUGAAAUGUAAUGGUGUACGGUGUAGCAUCUUCUUAACUACCAAAUUCGCUCGGUUUCGCCAGUAUAAUGGCACCGCAUUCUGGUGUCAAUGGCGAAAGUAAAGGAGAAGGACAGGACCAUGCUCUUGCAAAAGACGGGGCUUCACUCUAUGAUGUUCUUGGAGUUGACAAAAGUGCAACACAAGAGGAAAUUAAGAAAGCGUAUAGGAAGAUGGCACUGAAGCACCAUCCUGAUAAAAAUCCUAAUAAUCCUGAAGCUACAGAAAAAUUUAAGGAAGUCAAUCACGCACAUAGUAUAUUAGCUGAUCCCAGUAAAAGGGAAAUUUAUGACAAGUAUGGCUCUAUGGGUCUCUAUAUAGCUGAACAAUUUGGAGAAGAGAAUGUCAAAUUGUACUUCAGGCUCAACAGUGGCUGGUGUAAAGCGCUGUUCAUGUUCUGCGGAAUCAUAACUUGCUGUUACUUCUGCUGUUGCUGCUUCUUCUGUUGUAAUUUCUGUUGCGGAAAGUGCAAGCCAGUUCCAGACGAGCAGUGGGAGGAUUUCGAAUUUGACGACGUUAAAGAUGAGGAGGAUCCGAUAACGAAGCAGCCCGGUAGUAACGGAAAUGACACAAGCAGCGAGCAACCCCCCAAAUCACCUGGUGUUGACAGCGCGGCCAGCAACAGUACAGCGAAUUCCGCUAUCCCUAUGCCCUCGUCGUGAAUGACGUAGCAUUAGUGUUCAAAGGGAGUGGGGUGGGUAGAGUAUAUAUUUUUUUUUUUGCUGGCGGCCAUGUUGGAUAUUUGAAGGCUUGUACAAUGAAGGCAACAUGUUCUAGGUGACGAGAGGGUUAAAGAUAUAAAAUGUUUCUAGGUUCAGAAGGAUAAAUCGUAGCAAAGGGUAUGGAUAGGCUUCUGAGAUCUUAAGCUAACAGCUCUGAAUUGAGAUAGCUUUGGGGACUGGAGAC